CUUAGCCGCCACAAACGCGAUUGACUUUCAAGUAAGCAAUAAUGGGUUUUUUAACGAAUACGGGACUUUUAGUAGCUUUGACUGUGGCCUUGACGACAGUUGUCACUUCAACACAGUAUGGAUUCUUUAACAACGAUUUCAACACUGGUGGAAAUAAAUCGCACAAUCUAAUUAUUGGCACAAGACAACCUGGCGAUCAACAGAUGUACAGAGAAAAUAUCAUUAAGAAAUCCAAAUGGAUGAGUGUAGUCACUGUUACCAAAACGUACCAAACUAGUAAUUACACCAUUAGUCAGAUUCGUGCUCUCGACCAGAAGACAAAUGGCAAGGGAGCUAUUGCUCAGCGUAUUUCCGGUGGUAUUGGUUUUAACAAUGUCACACUCAAGUUUAAGAGUCUAAAAGGUCACGGAAUUAAUUUUGUGGUAGAAUUAUACGGUCAUCAUCGUUACUAGACGUCAGUAAAAAAGAAAUGUUUAACGCUUUAGUUCAGAACACGUAUUUCUUUGUGAAUUAACAUGUUUCCGAUAACACUAACAUAAUUGUAUGAAUCACUUGUACUUUUCCACUUGACUUCGACAAUGACAUCUGAUACUUCUAUAAUAUUAUACUCCUAAAAUGAAUUGUAUUAAUGAAUAUUUUUCAAACUGAAUAAAGUUGUUAUGAAAA